AUGGCGAUGAUGAUGACUGGCCGUGUGCUGCUGGUGUGUGCCCUCUGCGUACUGUGGUGCGGUGUAUUUGGAAUUGCGGCCGACGAUGCUGGUGGUGCCGAUGGCAGUGCGGUUGAGUAUUUGCUCUCGCGGUGGCGCGCUCAGCUGCGGAGGGGUUGCGCGGUGGAGGUCAGCAGGAGGACAGGAGGCGGUGCGAAUGCGUCUGCCGUGGAAGAAUGCGUGGGUCGGGGGAUGGACGGUGUGCGUGCCGUUGUGGAUGGCCGUAGCCGUUGGGCACAUCAGCGCUCCGUCAUUGUUGCCACUUCUGCUGGUGACAAUUCUGAUGAUUACAAAGUCCCGGGAUCUCUCCCGGAAGGACAGUCAGGGAGCGUCGCUCAAUUGCCGGUUCAACAACCGUUGAAACCAGCGCCGAGCUCGGUGCCGGGAUCAACGGAUAAUGCAACUGAAAAAAAUAAGCCAACAAAUCCCGCACAGCCUCUUGCGACGGGGGAGAACAUAAAUGGAGAAUUAAUAGAAGUGAAAAGAGACGAUGAAGUCAAAAAGGAAGAAAGCGAAGAGGAAGAAGGCGAGGAAGUUGAAGAAACCGAUGAUGAAGAAGAUGAUAAUGCAGGCAGUGGGACAUCUGAUGGAAGUCAAGAACAAGGAAAGCAGAAAGCAGGUACUGGACAAGGGGCAUCAGGAGGCACUGGAAAAGAAAAUGGAAAUGUUGUUGCCGGCAGUAAAUUGGCGGAAGGGGCCGCAGCCUCUCCGCCUGUUGUUUCCGUCGACGUCGAGAAUCCCAAAAGUGUCGAGUUGACUCGUGACGAUGUUGGAGGAAAGAGACAAACCCAUGAAAAGACAGUGCAAGAGCCACCAGCAGUGAAACUGAGAGAGAAUGUACCAGCGGAAUUAAUUUCCACGGAAGAUGCGGCGGAAGGGGAAAAACAAAAGGCGGAAGAAAAAGCGGAGGAAGCAGAAACAAACGAGGAACAAAAAACCACCGCAAAAAAAUUGAGAGAAGAAACGCCAACAGCACCAGAGAAAAAGACGAAAGAAGAGCAAAAGGAUAAGGAGGUACAACACAUACAAAGCAAAAACGAAGAAAAAGAAACGGAUGGAGCAGAACCAACAGCUGAAAAAGAGGCAGACGUUGAAAAAACGGCCGCAUUCAAAAAUAUCAACAUGAAUAACAUUACCAAACCUGGCGACAGUGACGGCAGCACCGCGGUCUCCCACACCACCUCCCCUCUUUUGCUUCUUCUUGUUGUUGUUGCGUGUGCGGCUGCGGCUGCGGUGGUGGCCGCGUGA